AUGGCAGUUUCUGCAGAUCAGCAAAGGGUCAAAACUCUUUUGACAGAAACAAUCAUUUUACUAUGCAAGAAUGGCCUUCAUUUCAAAGAUGAGUUUACAGUUGAAGGCCUGAUUGGCAUAACAAUUGACAAGAAUGACGUUUUUUUAAUCAACAUCAAAGAGACAAUUGGUCUAAAUCAGCCCAACUUGAACAACAUAAGCAUUCGUUUGGACAACACACCCCACAUGAAAAGACCACUAAUGAAGAAAAGGCGUUUUCAUUCUACCUACAUCAUGCAAAAUGUCAGGCACACAAAUGACUCAGAGACCGCUAGUGACAUCGAAAAUCCGUUAAAAACAGCAGACGAUCUCAACAUAUCUGCAUCAUCAUCCUUGUCCUUGUCAUACAUCAACCACAGCAACCCUAAUGCCAGGCAACUUCACUUACAACAACAUCAACAGAAAUGUCUGAAUAACAACAACUGUAAUAAUAAUAAUAAUAAUAAUAAUAAUAACACCCAAGAUAUUAAUGAAAACCCAGUAGAUUUUUCUAUAUCUCUCAACUCGAGUAAAGAUACAUCCUUCGAUUCGUGCAAGUAUCAGGACACACUAAACAGCAAUAACAACUUCAAUGAUGUCAAUAACAUAGAAUCAAAAAACACAGGCAUGCAUACCCCAGAACUAAAUAAAAUUGAUCUAGACAAUUCUUAUCAGAACAGUCAACAACAGCAGAGUCAUCACUCUCAAUAUCAUCGGCACUACGACAACACACACAACAACAACAAUACAGAUACCAACAGCACACAAUCACAAUUUCAAAUUUACACGGAUAAAAAUGAUGACCACGAAUACAAAGUAACUCAUUACAACGACAGCGCUAACGCAAACACCGACGACAGCCGUGUAAACAUCAAUAGCAUCAACAACAUUAGCAAUCUAGAUCAUUCUAUGUCGCAGAAUGACGUCAUCAACCACCACAACGUCAACAGUAGCAACGAAGAUGACAUCAUUAAUGACAAAAUCAUCAACAAUCAUUUUGACAAUAACGUUUGCUCAAAGUCGAUUCAAAAUCACUCAACCCCACAUAUAUCAUCCGAUUGCGAGAUGGCCCAAGCAGUAGUUAUCAAAGAGGAACUAAAUGACAUUGAACUAAACUCACAACAUUACAACAACAACAACAUCAGCAACAACAUCAACAACAACAACAAUAUGCGCCAUAACAAUAGCAACAGUCUACAUAGUAAUGUUGUCAAUAGUUGUCAAUCAGGUUCCAUCUCAGGGCAGAAACCGCACAGGCGAGCCCGCCAUCCUAAAUCUCGUCGCUACUCCCUAAUUGACGGUUCCUCCUUGGACCCCCACAACUAUCAGCUGUUUCACGAUCAGGCUGAGCAGCAAGUUGAACUAUUGCCAGGAUCAGGUGUUUUCAUAACAAUGCGAGCCUACGCCUAUCUAACUAAAGAGACCUGGAACAGGGGGUCCAAGCUGGUUAGGAGGGUAGUUAGGGAGGUUUUUCCGGACGAACAUAUUCUCGCUCGGAGUAGCUGCUUAGGGAAAAGAUUAGGGGGGUGCCAUGUCGGGUUGGACCACCAUAAAGUUGAUACUAUUAAAGCAUUUGUUCAGCAAAGAAUGCCCCAAGUAUCACACACGGAGAUUGUUGCAGCCAUCAACGAGUGCUGCCGAGACAUCAGGGCCAAACUUAGGAAAAGUUUUCAUAGAAAGUAA